AUGCACGCGAACAUAAUCUCGCUGGCGACAAUCGCCCUCCUCGGGUCCGUCAACGGCCAGUUUGGUGGUCCUGGCUUUGGCGGUCCUGGCUUUGGUGGUCCUCCCUUUGGAGGCCAACCGCAGCGGCCACCUCCUGCUGGUGGUGGCGGCGGCGGCGGCUUCGGCUGGCCAUUUUGGCCCCCACGCCCGCCUCGUCCGCCACCCCGCCCUCCCACAAGGACUACCCAGCACCCGCCUCCCACGUCGACGACGUCGCCGACUCCCAGCCCGACGACUCAGUCUCCGCCGCCUGGCGGGUCAGAGACAACGUCCCCGUCUUCAACGUCCACGUCAGUCCCGACAUCUCCGCCACCCGACUCGUCCACAGCAACCCCUACCUCUUCGGGCCUCAACCAGACACUCCCAUCGUUCGCCAAAACCUCGAUCUGGUCAUACCCUCUGCCCCCUGUCCCCUCGAACACGUACUCGGCGCCCAAGGAGAUCUUCACUGCCUCCAUGGGUGCCCCGGAGGAGGGAUACCAGCCCGUAACGCGCAAGUACGAGUUCACACUCGGCACGUCGGCCGGCUCGCCGGACGGUUUCGAGCGGCUCAUGUACACCAUCAACAACCAAUUCCCGGGCCCGACCAUCGAGGCCAACCAGGGCGACAUCAUCGAGGUGACAGUGCACAACAACCUUGACCACCCUCAGGCCAUCCACUGGCACGGCAUCCGGCAGCGCGGCACAAACCACAUGGACGGUGUGCCCGGUAUCUCACAGUGCCCCAUUGCUCCCGGUGCCACAUUCGUCUACCGCUUCACACUCGAAUCGGAGAUGGGCACAUACUGGUACCACUCGCACUACGGCAACACAAUGGCCGAUGGCCUUGUCGGCGCCUUCAUCGUUCAUGCCAAGAACGACCCGUGGGUCAAGAAACGCGACUAUGACGACGAGCGGGUCAUGUUCCUCUCCGACUGGAACGACUACCUGUCCGAGUUUAUUGUCCACAGGAUGCACGACUACUCGGAGGGUUACAAGGGUCAGGGUAUCCCUACCCAGCCUGACGCGAUCCUCAUCAACGGUGUCGGCCAACGCGACUGCGCUACCGCGCAGCCCGACGCCACCUGCCUCACCACCAAGCCCUACGAGCUCCAGGGCCAGAUCGGCUCGCGUAUCCGUCUCCGCCUCAUCAACCCCGGCGCCCACGGCAUGGUGCGCUUCUCCAUCGACCAGCACGUGCUGCAAGUGAUCGAGGUCGACGACACACCCAUCGAACCGCUGUACCUCAAGGAGCUUGCACUCGACCCAGGUCAGCGUGCAUCCGUCGUCAUCCACCUCAACCGCGGUGGCCAAUUCUCAAGCUUCUGGAUCCGCGGCGGCCUUGCCGCCAAGUGUGUCUUUGGCGGCCACUUCAUCACCGGUUUCGCAGUGCUGCGCUACACCGACUUUAAGGGCGACCCUUGGUCGAUCGGUUCGCCUGUUACCGCUCCCUGGCCUGGCCUCGGCGAUGGCGAGACACUCUGCCAGGACAUUGACGAGCUCUGGGAUGUCAAGCCAAAGAUUGUCGAAAAGCCGCCGCCGACGGCCUUUUCGGUCCAGCAGAUGGGCACGUCGUUUGGCCAGUUUGUCGACCGCGAGUCGCACGAGCCGUUCAUCGGCUUUGGCAUGAACUCGGUCAACUUUGUCAACAUGAUCAACGACCCGGCGCUCGCACACGUCGAGGACGGCAUCCCCAUCAACGGCAGCAACGUCGCGACGCUCGUGUACGAGACUGACGGUGUUGGCGGCGCCGACGUCAUCAUCAACCAGCUUGACGUCGGCCUCACCCACCCGUUCCACAUCCACGGGCGGCCGUUCCACAUUCUCGCGCGUGGAAGUGGCGAGAUGACACCAGAAAAGGUCAAGGAUAUCCAGGUCAACCUCGUCAACCCGCUCUACCGCGACACGCUUACCAUUGGCUCGCGGGCAUGGGCACUGGUCCGCAUCCCGACAGACAACCCAGGUGUGUGGCCCAUCCACUGUCACAUUGGCUGGCACCUGUCGUCGGGCAAGCUGGGCCUUAUUGUCAUCCGCCCCGACGUCGUGCGCAGCUUCCAGAAGCCUCAGGAGUGGCAGGCGUUGUGCACUGGCGACAAGAACGAGAUUGGCCCCGGCCGUCGUGACAUGAGCCCGCCCAAGGGCUACUUCCCGCCGCAGGCUCGCGCGGCCGACGCCGACAUGAUCGAGUACUAUGCCAACGCCAAGCGCCAGGACGUUGUCGCGACGCCCGCGUCCGCCUCGCCCACCCCGGCGUCAUUCAGCAUGAACCGCUCCGUCUUCACGCUCAUCCAGGGUGGCCAGACGAUCGUCGGUUCGGCAGACAUCCCUGACCCGACCCCCACCCCGGAGCCAGACCCGGCCGCCCUCGCUGCCUAUGCCACCAUCACUGGUGGCAGCGCCGUCACCAACCCGACGCUUGUUCCACCCGCCACCACGGUUGCGGUCACGGCUGGAGCUGGUGAAGGAGGCGGUGGUGGAAACGGCGUUACCCAGAGCGCUGCCCCCACCCAGGUUCCAAUCUCUGCCGCUGUCCCCAUCCCGAGCGGCUUCUCCCCAGUCGCUCCAGGCAUCCAGCCGGAGGGCAAGCCCGAGGCUGGCUCGCUCGAGGCGGCCUUCAACGACCCCGGAGAGGUGCCCCUUACUGUGCUGGUCAGCCAGGGCGACACGCCCGCCAAGGCUGCCCAGGCCGCUGGCGUCAAUGUCGGCGGUGCCGGUGGUGGUGGUGGUUCGAACAGCUCGGCACCGGCCGCGCCUAGCGAGUCUGCCUCGGCCGCGACUGCUUCUGUCGAAAGCGUCGCGCCCAGUGAUGUGACGGCUCAGAUUGCCAGCACCCAGACUCCUGACGCAGCUGCUCCGUCGAGCGCGCCGCCUGCUGCCUCUUCGGCGCCUCCCCCCGAAGCUGCUCCUUCGCCGGCGCCGAGCGCUCCUCCUGCCGACGGCGGUAACAACCCCGGAGACCCUGGUUUCGCACCACCCUAA